AGCACACACAAAACCUCAUGCAGCAAACCCCCACUCCACUCUUGUUCUCUCUCUCUGUAUUCCCUGUUCUUUUGUUUAUUCGUCCAAGUUUGAUACUGCGAGUCUUCGAUUCGUGUUCCAAGGCACUCCUUAAUAUAGCCUGCACCUCUCCCCUAUUUGAUUGAACAGCAAACCACAGAAAAAUAACUCCACCCUUCCACUGCUUCACCUUUUACCACCAUAAUCUCCUCUCUGAACAAACAUGCAAAAUAUAAUGAAAAUGAGUAGUCUUCUUCUUCUGCUGCUGCUGCUGCUAGCAGCCACUUGUUGCUCUGGCUACAGCGACGCUGAACUACUGUUAAAGCUAAAAUCCUCCAUGAUCGCACGAAAUGGCUCUGGUCUCCAGGACUGGGAACCCUCACCAUCUCCCUCUGCUCACUGUUCUUUCUCUGGAGUUACAUGCGACAAGGACUCACGGGUGGUGUCUCUAAACUUGACUUCACGUCACGGUUUUUUCGGUUUCAUUCCUCCAGAAAUUGGUCUCUUGAACAAGCUCGUAAAUCUCUCAAUCGCUUCACUUAAUCUCACAGGGAGACUUCCUUUGGAAUUGGCUCAACUGACGUCUCUGAGGAUUUUCAACAUCUCUAAUAAUGCCUUUAUAGGUAAUUUCCCUGGAGAAAUCACUCUCGGCAUGACUCAGCUUCAGAUUCUUGAUAUUUAUAACAACAACUUCUCUGGUUUACUCCCGUUGGAGCUCAUAAAAUUAAAGAAUCUCAAGCAUCUUCAUCUCGGCGGCAACUACUUUUCCGGUACGAUACCAGAGUCAUACUCGGCGAUAGAAAGCUUGGAGUAUUUAGGGUUAAACGGUAACUCACUUUCGGGUAAGGUCCCUGCUAGCUUGGCUAAGUUGAAAAAUCUUAGAAAAUUGUACCUUGGAUACUUUAACUCGUGGGAAGGAGGUAUUCCACCGGAAUUCGGAUCGUUGAGUUCGCUUGAGAUUCUCGACAUGGCGCAGAGUAAUCUUAGCGGCGAGAUUCCUCCGAGCUUGGGCCAGUUAAAAAAUCUGAAUUCUUUGUUUCUUCAAAUGAACCGUCUAUCAGGUCACAUUCCUCCAGAAUUAUCUGAUUUAAUUAGUUUGCAAUCUCUUGAUCUUUCUAUCAACUCCCUCAAGGGAGAGAUACCGGCAAGCUUUUCCAAGUUGAAGAACAUCACGCUUAUCCAUCUCUUUCAGAACAACCUGGGCGGUGAAAUCCCCGAGUUUAUCGGUGAUUUUCCAAAUCUGGAAGUGCUUCAUGUUUGGGAAAACAACUUCACUCUUGAGUUGCCAAAAAAUCUUGGGUCGAGUGGGAAGUUGAAAAUGCUUGACGUGUCUUACAAUCAUCUCACUGGCUUGAUUCCGAAGGAUUUAUGCAAGGGAGGAAGAUUGAAGGAGUUAGUACUGAUGAAAAACUUUUUCCUUGGGCCUCUUCCCGAUGAGCUUGGCCAGUGCAAGUCAUUAUACAAAAUUCGAGUGGCCAAUAACAUGCUUUCUGGAACUAUUCCUUCUGGAAUCUUCAAUUUGCCAUCGAUGGCAAUACUUGAGUUGAAUGAUAACUACUUCUCGGGUGAACUUCCGUCGGAGAUGUCAGGAAUUGCACUAGGAUUGCUGAAGAUCUCUAACAAUCUUAUCAGUGGAAGCAUUCCGGAGACACUUGGGAAUUUGAGGAAUUUACAAAUUAUAAAACUAGAGAUCAACAGAUUAUCUGGUGAAAUUCCAAAUGAGAUUUUCAAUCUUAAGUAUCUUACAGCAAUCAACUUCAGUGCCAACAACCUCAGCGGUGACAUUCCUCCUUCAAUUUCGCAUUGCACUUCUCUAACAUCAGUUGACUUCAGUAGAAACAACCUCCACGGUCAGAUUCCAGUAGAGAUUGCAAAUUUAAAAGAUUUAAGCAUUCUCAAUGUUUCACAGAAUCAUCUAACUGGUCAGAUACCAGGUGAUAUUCGGAUCAUGACAAGCCUUACAACUCUCGACCUCUCCUACAACAAUCUAUUAGGCAGAGUUCCUACAGGAGGUCAGUUUCUAGUGUUCAAGGACAGCUCGUUCAUUGGAAACCCCAAUCUCUGUGCACCACAUCAAGUCUCUUGCCCGUCACUUCAUGGUUCAGGUCAUGGCCACACGGCGUCGUUCGGCACUCCGAAGUUAAUAAUUACAGUCAUUGCCCUGGUUACUGCGCUAAUGCUAAUAGUUGUAACAGCUUACCGAUUGAGAAAGAAGAGGCUCGAGAAAUCAAGGGCUUGGAAAUUAACUGCAUUCCAGCGGCUGGAUUUCAAAGCUGAAGAUGUGCUUGAAUGCUUGAAAGAGGAGAACAUUAUAGGCAAAGGCGGUGCGGGAAUUGUGUAUCGCGGGUCCAUGCCAGAUGGUGCUGACGUAGCAAUUAAACGACUGGUGGGUCGAGGUAGUGGAAGGAAUGAUCACGGUUUCUCCGCUGAGAUUCAAACUCUCGGACGAAUUAGGCACCGAAAUAUAGUGAGGCUGUUAGGGUAUGUAUCGAAUAGGGAUACAAACUUGUUAUUGUAUGAGUACAUGCCUAAUGGAAGCUUAGGUGAGUUGUUGCAUGGGUCAAAAGGUGGGCAUUUGAAAUGGGAGUCUAGGUACAGGAUUGCUGUCGAGGCUGCAAAAGGACUGUGUUAUCUUCACCAUGACUGCUCUCCUCUGAUAAUACACAGAGAUGUCAAGUCCAACAACAUAUUGCUUGAUUCAGACUUCGAGGCUCAUGUGGCUGAUUUUGGACUGGCUAAGUUCUUGCAAGACGCCGGUGAAUCGGAAUGCAUGUCAUCUGUUGCUGGUUCAUAUGGUUACAUCGCGCCAGAAUACGCUUACACCCUAAAAGUGGACGAGAAGAGCGAUGUUUACAGCUUCGGCGUUGUGCUACUGGAACUAAUAGCAGGCAAAAAGCCAGUUGGGGAGUUUGGAGAAGGAGUAGAUAUAGUGAGGUGGGUGAGGAAGACAGCAUCAGAACUGUCACAGCCUUCGGAUGCUGCUUCAGUCUUGGCAGUUGUGGACCAUAGGCUUACUGGGUAUCCAUUGGCUGGUGUGAUUCACCUGUUUAAGAUAGCCAUGAUGUGUGUUGAAGACGAAAGCGGUGCUAGGCCAACCAUGAGGGAAGUUGUUCACAUGCUCACUAAUCCUCCGCCAUCUGCCCCAAGCCUGCUCUCCCUUUAGUGUGUACCGGAGUCUAACACGAAUGCUUUUGAAGAAUAAGACGCAUAACAAAGUGUAAUAAAAAGCUGCGCGAGAAACCAAAAAAACUCAAAAAGAAAAAAGGUAUGAAACGUGUGUAAGGUUGUUAAUCUUGUUUCCUUUGCUAUGUAAAAAGAUAUGCAAUUGUCUGUGUCUUUGUAAACUUGUACUCUUAUCAAAGAAGUGGUUGUUGUGACAA